CAGCAUUUCAAGCAUCAGUAGCCAAAAAAGAAACCCUGCCAUGGCGAGGGUGAUUACAAUGCGACAGCUGUCUGGGGCGCACGAGGCAUUCGAAUUGCUGACAGACAUGACUCUUCGAGAGUUCAAGAGGCAGCCGCACGGGUGGCUGCCCUGCGCAGAUGAAUCAAAGCGCAGCAUGAGCUGCGUGGAGUUAGUUGUUGGAGACAAGCCCUUGUUGAACAACGAUGAGAUGGUGUCGGAAGCCAUUCCAGGUACAGAAGUUCUGGCUUUCCUCAGCAUUAAACCGGUGAUAUGCAAAAACUUCUCAACGUCCGACUGCGAUCCUGACGAUUUUCGCGUAGUGGAAAUUCCAUCAGGCACUGGGAAUAGUGCUUUCGAAGGUUGCAUUGGCAAGAGUGACCAUCCCAAGCUCCGUGACUGUGAUUGGACACAGUGCCUUCCAGGCUGCAGCUCAUUGGCAAGCCUGGCCGUCGCCGACUCCGUGAAUGUGAUAGGAACUACUGCUUUUGAAGGUUGCAUCUCAUUGGAAAGCGUGCCCAUCCGUAAUUCUGUCACUGAGAUUCCACCGUUUGCCUUCAAAGGUUGCAGCUCAUUGGCAAGCCUGACCUUGCCAAACUCAGCGAUGUUUCUGAGUUUUGGAGCCUUCCAAGGUUGUGCCUGUUUGACAAUCGUGGCAAUCCCCAACUCCGUGACUCAGAUUGGAACACUUUCCUUUGCAGGUUGCAGCUCGUUGACUAGCGUGGCCAUCCCCAACUCUAUCAUUGAGAUCGGAGACGUGCCUUCGAAGGUUGCAUCUCAUUGGAAAGCGUGACCAUUCCCAAUUCUGUCACUGAGAUUGGAGAUUCUGCCUUCAAAAACUGCAGCUCAUUGGCAACCGUCAUCAUCCACGACUCCGUUUCAGAAAUCGGUCAUGAUUCUUUCGCAGGCUGUAGCUAUGUUUUGCCAGAGCGACUUCGCUGCAAAGUGCAACCUAGUAGGUUGCCUUUGUUCCCGUAAC